AAUUCUGUGUGAAAUUCUUUCUAUUUUCUCCCUAUAAAGGUUAUGUAUAUUAUAUACAACUGAAAAGGUGUGAUUGGGUAAGAAAGAAAAAAGGCAAAAUGGAAAAAUGAUAAAGAGCCUGGCAAGUCCUCAUUUCCAUUUUCCAAUUCGAAAAUGUACUAGUAGUAAUAAUGGAUUAUUUGUAGCGAAUAAACAACUCUUUUCCCAGCUGUGAAACCCCUUUCGUCCUUUCAUUCUUGGAUACACAUUUCGACUUGUUUCAUUUUUUUUUUUUUGUUUUACCCUUUUGUUGGUGAUAAAUAGGAAGCACAUUGGAUCGAGACCCACUUGUUCAUUUUCUCAAAUUUUAUUUUAUUUUUUUGGAUCCAUAUACAGUGUUGAGGGGCAGACUUAUCUUUGUUGAAUUCAGGUGACAGCUUUAUACUCUUUAUUUCUUUGCUGUUAAUUCUUGAAAUAGAUAUGUUCUUCUAUUUUUGUUCUCUAUAUUUCUUGGAUUGAAAUCCCACGUUACUGGAUAUGUUGUUGCUUCUUGGAUGGUGAUAUUAUGACUAAAUUCACGAGAUACUGCCACCAACGCUAGGACAGAUGGGAAGAAGAAUUACCUAGUGUUUUUUUUUGUCUCUGCUGGGAUUUGAUCAUGAGUGAAAAUCUUGAUGGUCCUUGUAGUCCUUUUUCUCGAGAGCGGAGCAAGGAUCAGUUGGUUGUACAAGUUUCUACAUUUUUUCUUGGAUGAGAGACCAGAAGCCGAAUGUUUACAUGAAUAUGUUGAAAAUAGGGGUUCUUUGAGUGAUGUUGUAGUUAUUCCAGUAACCUGAAAUGAGCAGAUCUCCAUCAUUUUCGGUGAGAUCAGAAGCUGAUUUAAAAGUAGAUGAAAAAUCUCUAUACCAAUGGGUUGUUGGCUUCUGUAUCAUUAGGUUUGAUCUUGAACAGGGACAGCUUAUUGAAGAAUGUUACCCAUCGGGCUGUCUAACGCAUAAUGAGGAGCUUGAAGUUGCCUUUAGCUCAUUUCCAGAUUCGGUUUCUCAGAAUCAUAAUCGAUCAAGCAUCCAUGACUGUAUCUUUUUCUUCCGUGUGCGGAGGCAGGGGAAUCCUCAAUUGGCACAUCUGCCUUCAUCCGAGAUAGUGGAGGUAGGUAAUGAUCAAGCAUCCCAAAUGACGGCGAGUGAUAAGGUGCUAAAACAAAGGAGUAAAAUUCAAACAGGGGUGAACUCAAGAUAUUUGUACGGGUUUGUAUUUAAUAGACAGAGACACGAUGAAAGGCUAAAACGGGGUGGUGAGCAAAAGUCCGUAGUAAUUCUUUCUCACAACCCAUUCUCUAGCGUCUUUCGACCUUUGCUGCAGAUCAUGGGCCCAUUGUACUUUGACAUUGGGAAGAAAGCCCUCAAUUUCAUUGCUUCUUAUGUAUCAAUGUGGCCUGUUCCUGUACCUGGUCAGCUAAUGGAGCUUCCGAUUGGGAAUGCUACUCUUAAAGUGAACUUGCCACCUGCCCAUUGUAUGCCUUUGGAUUGUGGAGUACUUUUUGAAGAGCUGGCUUCUCCAAUAGCACCAUUUCUUCCAUCUAGUCAAUCGGUUCCACAAGGUCUUUUCCAUGACGCAGAUCUUUUUGGGACAUUUAGGGGGCUUUUAAUGCAGCUUUGGAAGUUGUGGGAAUUGUUACUUAUUGGAGAACCCAUUCUUAUCAUAGCGCCAACACCACCUCUGUGCUGUGAAGCUGUUGCUGGUCUGGUUAGUCUGGUCGCUCCUCUUCUUUGUAGCAUUGAUUUCAGGCCUUACUUUACUAUUCAUGAUCCCGACUUUGCUCAGUUAAACUCCCUUCCACAAGGUGCUGCAUUUCCUCCAAUGAUAUUGGGUGUGACAAACCUCUUUUUCUUGAAAUCCCUUCGAAGAAUUCCACACAUCUUAUCAGUUGGAAAUCCUGUCAUGAACGCAGCUCGGCUUCCAUUUUCUGCUAGAGCUUCAACUGGUAGAAUUCAAGCUGGACCUGAAGGAUUUAGUCUUCCUAAUUUUUCCUUCAAUAGGUUUACACCAUCAAACUUUUUGAAUGCUAUGAAGUUAAGGAGAGAUGGUCCACUCUGCCUGAUGACUGAGCACAAAGAAGCCUUUUGGAGCAGUUAUGCUCCAAUUACAAAGCCAGACACUUCAAUCUUGAAUAGGCUAAUUGAUGCAGGUAUGUCACCCAGGGUAGAGGAAUCAAUGUCAGUUGUUAAUAAUGACAUACUUCGUCGGCACUUCAUAGAGCUGACAACCAACUUCUUGGCCCCAUUCGGACCAUAUUAUAGACCAACCACACCUUCUGAAGGGUCUUCCCCAUAUGUUGAUCCUCCUCCUCUACCCGCAUUUAAUGCCGAGGACUUCCUCACUAGCUUAUCAGCAAGGGGUCCUGGAAAGUUUCUGUUGAAGAGGAUGAAAUCUAACUGGCUGGACCUUUACAGGCGGUUUCUGAAAGGGCACAACUUUUUACCUUGGUUUCAACGAAAGCGUGCUGUUGCUGAACAAGAACAGUAUAGGAUGUGGAGGCAAGCUAGAAUGAGGGCUGACAUACGACAUUUGAUAUCUAGUAUGUCUGAGUUGGAGAUAGUUGAUACUUUCAAUGCAAUUGAAAGGCAUCUUAUUGGAGAAUUACAGUCCACCACUGUUGAAGCAGGUUCUGAUGCCACUAGCAGCAAACUAAGGGAGGAUCUUCGAGCAGUAUUUAACGUACUCCCGAAGGAUGUGCAGCAGCUUAUGUUAAUGAACCCUGAGAGGGCAGCACUUGUUCGACAAGAAGGUGAGCUUCCCUCCAAAUCAACCAGAUGACAAGAGCUUAUGAGUGUUAAGAUUGAAUCAGACAGUUGAGUUGAGAGUUGUAUGAUGCCGCUGGAAGAUGUAGAAUCAGUCACAUCCUCGUCUUUGCUAUAAAUUCUUUCAGGAGCUGGACUUUUCAAUGAUCUGCUGCAAGAUUACUUUCGCAAAGAAUCAUUGUCUAUUGAAGCUGUUCAAGUGGACUGAGAUCACAUUCUUCUUCGGAAUUGGUAUUGAAUAUUUCCAGAGAGUGAUUGUUAUAUGAUGUUUGAGGAUGAAUAGAAGUCUGUUUAGCUUACUAUUGAAAGGGAAAGCGGUUUAUAGACAUAACAGAAACAGGUUAUAUGAGCCCUUUUGUUGUAAAACUCCAAUUUUAUUCUCUUUUAAGGAUGGGGUCCCUCUUUGGUUUCUGUUUUCCCUCAAGGACAUCAAUGUCAGAUAGCACAUGAUUAGACAAGUCAUGUUGUAAGUGGAAUGCCAGUGUUUGCAUUUUGUUGAAACACAGCAAGAAGAACCUGUAUAAAACAUGUCAAAGGAUGUUUUAACUUGGCUAAAUUUUGCUGCA